UUCCCUUCUUCAUUUGCUUGUUUGCGUGUGGUCUUCCCUUGUACUUCAUGGAAGUGGCGAUGGGCCAGUUUCUUUCAAAGAGUUCGUGGCACGUUUUCGCAAUUUGCCCAUUGUUUGCAGGUCUGGGAAUUGCGAUGAACGUACUCUCUUUGAUCGUUUCCUGGUUCUUCCUGGUUGUCCUGGCCUGGAGUUUGAUAUAUCUGGUGAACUCCUUCAAAGAUCCUCUACCUUGGACUCUGUGUGGUCAGUGGUGGAACUCGGAGCACUGCAGGCCCACUAGUGGAAGCUCUGGUGGCAUAGGUGCUAAUGGAAGUGGAAGCGUAGCCGAAGCAUUGAAUGAGACUUCUGAUCAGAUGAACUUAUGGAUGAAAAGUUACAACUUGACAGCUUCUAAUGAUACAGUGAAGACAAACUUGUCUAAAUCUGCCAGCGAAGAGUUUUGGACGUACGUAUAAUAAUAUCAUAAUGUUGAUUGUUAUAUAAAAGGUGCAUUUCUCAAUAGUGUUCAUCCUUAAUUUUUGGUAAAUGUUUUAACAGCAAGGGAGAAAAUUGGUGAGUAAAAAUGAAAGUUUAACUUGUGACAAGUUUAAGAAACAUUUGGUCACUUU